AGAGAUUGAUCACAACGGACCAACAUUCCGCAGACUAAUGCGUAAUGGCUUCAGGUAUGUAAAAGAUUUAGCCGAAUUUCUACAAUUACCAGAUAUUAUGGAUUAUUAUUAUCCAGAGCAAAUUAGAUUCAUGAAUGCUCUGUCCCAUCCAGCUAUGAUACCACCGAUUGAUAUAAUGGAAAAUAAACCCGAUAUUUACAAGAAAUGGUCCAUAAGUAUAGAAACAUACUGGAAUCUAUUCCAAGCAUUGUAG